GUCUAUAAAUAGCUGUCUCGUGACCACUACAAUUUGUAUCAUCUGAGUGUUUCCUUUUGUAUCAUUUUUCUGAUGAUCGAAUUCAUAGAUGACUAUGGGGGAAACAAACGAGUCAACGCCUCUUGUGGAAUCAAGCAAUGAGGAAAUUGACGAAGAGCUGCAGGGCUGCAGUGGAACACCCCCAUGCAACCCAAAAUCAUGUCUUCAUCGCUACUUUCCAGUGCUCAUUCUGAUUUGUUUUCUAAGUUUCGGAAGUUACUUCUGCUAUGACAAUCCAGCAGCAUUACAAGACACAAUGAUAAGAGACCUAGAUAUCAAUGAGAGCAAGUUCAUGGCUUUCUAUUCUUUUUAUUCCUGGCCUAAUGUUGUUCUCUGCAUGUUUGGUGGCUAUCUGAUUGAUCGCUUGUUUGGGCUUCGUUUUGGUGCUAUUAUCUUCAGCUCUUUUGUUACAGUUGGACAGGUAGUUUUUGCACUGGGCAGCCUCUUCAACAUCUAUGCAUUGAUGUGUGCUGGAAGGUUUAUAUUUGGUAUUGGAGGUGAAUCCUUGGCUGUGGCACAAAAUACUUUUGCUGUGAAAUGGUUCCAAGGGAAGGAAUUAAACAUGGUGUUUGGCCUUCAGUUGAGUUUUUCCAGAGUUGGUAGCACAGUGAACAUGAAUAUCAUGCAGCCACUGUACAACUACAUUGAUCAGAGUGUGCAUGGCUAUAAAUGCCUUGGCAUUGCAUUAUUUGUUGGUGCUGGUAUGUGUGUUUUUUCUCUACUUUGUGCCUUUUUACUGUCUUUCUUUGACAAGAGAGCUGACAGAGUGCUUAAAAGAAAACAGAUAAGUCAAGAGGAGAUGAUUAAGUUUAGGGAUAUUUUGACGUUUCCAUUUUCAACAUGGCUGAUCUCUAUCAUAUGUGUGGCUUACUAUGUGGCUGUCUUCCCAUUUAUUGGACUUGGAUUGGUGUUUUUUGAAAUGAAGUUUGGACUCACCCCCACAAGUGCCAAUGCUGUGAACAGUUUGGUGUACAUCAUUUCAGCAGUUGCUUCCCCUGUGUUUGGUUUUCUCAUUGACAAAAUUGGCAAGAAUGUGUUUUGGGUUAUCAUUGGCAUUGUUGUAACAUUAGGAUGCCACAUGCUGCUAGCCUUUACAUUUGUCAAUCCUUAUGUAGCUAUGAUCAUAAUGGGUCUAUCCUAUUCGGUAUUAGCUAGUGCUCUGUGGCCUAUGGUGUCUCUGAUCAUACCUAGUCAUCAACUGGGGACUGCUUAUGGCAUCAUGCAAGCAAUUCAAAAUUUGGGUCUGGCAGUUAUCUCCCUUACAGCUGGUAUUAUUGUUGAUGAGAAGGGUUAUCUUAUCUUGGAAGUUUUCUUUAUGGCAUGGUUGUGUUUGGCUUUAAUAGCUGGAAUUGUUCUCUAUCUGGUAGAUGCAAAUAAAGGGGGGAAAUUGAAUUUAUCAGCUAAAUCCAGAGCCUUAGAAAAACUUAAAGCAGAAAAGUCAAUCCAAAACUAAAAUGAAGAAUCUGUCUCAAAGACUUCAUGUCUUGGUGAAUGGAGAGCACAAGCAUGGAGAUAAAUCUUUGUAACUGUCUGUACAUUCCUUUGCUUGAAGAAUUAUAAACAACAACCUUCUCUUGUUGGAUAACCAGCUGUCUUUCACAAAAUAAAGUACUAAACUUGGAACCUCUUUGUAUAGAGGCAGCAGCACAAUGACUUUUAUUUUUAUUUUUCUUAGUUAGCUAACUUAGAGCUCUCUAUUUUCAAACUCUAUUGUGAUUAUAUAUUAUUUAAUGUAUAAGAUAAUUUAAGUCUUACUGAAUUAAUUAUAAAUCAACCUUAAGUUUUUGUAAAUAAAAAUCAUAAAUACUCUACGCGUUUAGCUGGAUAUGUUAUGUACAUUAUGUUACAUGGUUGUAUACAAUUUGAAUGGUACUACAUUAAUGGUAAAAAGUUUAUUAAAAUAAAAUAAAUAAUUUAAUUGAAGCUUAAAAUAAAAAAAAGUUUUUAACACAUAAAAAUGUUUUAAAAUAAUACUAAUAAUUGCAGAAAUGUCUGUGCAAUUGAUUCUUGAGUUGUAUAUGAAUUUAAUAAUUUUUAAAAAUUGAAAUAGAAAUGUAACUUGAUUGUAAGCUAUUGUGAAUACAAGAUUUUUUUUAUCUUACCAUGAUAUUUUAGGAUGCUAACAGAUUUCAUUUUUAAAAAAGCUAUCAAAGUGAAAAUACAUGAACAAUUUUUAAAAACCUAUAACAAUGGAAAAGUUUAUUAGAAUAAUUAUCAACUUAAAUAAAACACAUAAUUUAAACGCAGAUGAGGAUGAAUAGUUGUUAUACUUUUAGAUAUAUAAGUUAAAAAAUUGUUCUAAAAUUCAGUAUUUGUAAAUAAGUUUUUAGAGUGAUUGAGUUUUAGCAAUAAAUUAAAAAAAAUUCUUAUUAACUUGUACUUUGUUGUGCUCUGUAAAAUAUUGUAUUUUUCCAAGCUUUAAAAAAUAAUCUUGAAAGCAAACCCUAAAAUCUAACAGAUAUUUUAGCUGACGUUUCUAUUUUUAAAAAAUUAUUUCUGUGUUUCUUGCAAAUUUUUAUGUAGUUUUUAGCAGAACUCGUUUGUUUUGUUGCGAUUCUAUAAAAUGGCGUCAACUUAACAAUCAUGUGUGUGCUUAAUCAAACUGCAUUUUAAAUAUUUUGAAUGCAUUCGUUUGCAAUAAUUUUAAGUAGUAAAAUAUUAAUAAAUUGUUGGUAUAUAUAUAGUUUUAUUUUUUUAAUAGUUAAUAGUUUAGCAAAAUUUUUGUGCGAGAAAUUCAGUAUUUUUAAAGCCUAUGUGUGCUUGGUUUGAUUUUCUCCUUUUUUUUCACUAGGGAUAUGAUUUUCAAAGCUUUUAAUUUCAAACCUUACAAAGAUUAUACACAUUUUUUUUUACAUUAUUGUGUACUUUUUAGAAGAAUUUUUUUGGUUCCUUAUUCCAUCAGGCUAUUUGAUUUUUUUUCACAUUUCGACUAUGGGUAUGUCUUUUAAAAAUCUAGAUUUCUGAGUUUUAAAGUAAACAAAGGGCUUUAACUCUGAUGUAAAACUGCUGCUUUGAUAAUAAAAUUAAAACUGCUUGUUUAUUA